CAACGUGGUCAAACGGGACGCUCCCGCUGUCCACAAGUCCACACAUGUCAGAUUGUUUAAAGUUUAAAUCAAGUAAUUGAAGAGUGUUUUGCUAUUCAAGAUGAUGCGAUUUGAAGAAGAAGGCGAAACGUUGAAAGACAAAUCUCGUUGUGCAAAUAUUCGCGCGGAUUUAAAAAUGUGUUUGCUUCAAAGUGAUUGUUGCAAAAUUUACAAACAUACUCCCAGAGAAUGCCUUAGGAUACAAGAUGGUACAGUACCUGACGAAUGCUUUGCUUUACGAAAUAUAUUCUUUGAUUGUAAACACUCUAUAAUUGAUGGCAGAAGACGAUUUAGGGGUCCCAAAGGAUAUUAAUAAUUGUCUAAUAAUAUAUAUUUAUGUAUAUAUUUAUAUAUAAUUUGUUACAUAUAAUUACAUACAUAUAACUUUUAAUAAAUAAUUAUAUUUCUUUGGCAUAAUUUAGGGAGAAAUACCUAUAUAAGUAUAAACAGAUAUAAGAAAAUGCUAAUGUAAUUUAUUGAUGAGAAAGGGGGAAUAAACAUAAUAUUAGAAGUAAUUUGUUAUCUGUUAUAUUCGUUGUAUGUACAUGAUUUAAUAAAUUUAUAAUACUUACUAAAGUAGCAAUAUCAACAUCAUACAAUUCAGUGAUUUGUUUAUGUAUUGUAGUACAAUUUUGAAAGAAAUUUUUGUUUUCUUUUAAGAUAAUCCGUGCCAGACUGGACUGAAAAAUACAAUGCUUUGUAUGCAAAAAUAGCAAUUAAGAGCUUACACACACACUCUCUCUCUCUCUCUCUC